CGUUUAUGUAACAUGCUUACAAGUCAAGCAAUCCUAAACAUAAAUUACUGUAAAAUUCAGUAUCAAAUACCGCUAUUUGCUCCGAAAAGCGUUAGGCUGUAUUUUAAACGGAAAUAACUAGGCUGUAUUUUUCUCUUGGUUGUCUAACCAACAGAAGAGUGUGUUCUCUUGGAAAUUGGUUCGUUUUCUAUGCUUUGCGCAGACCGAUUAGCGCAUGAAAUCGAAGCACCGCGAGAGCGAUUCGAAAUCAUACGGAGCAAUCUGCUCUCGCGGUACUUUGACGUCAUACACCGUUCAAUCUGCACAGCUGUUGAAGCGACCGCCCUUUGGCCCUGCUUGUUGUUAGACCUGCAAGCGAGGAGCUGCAGACAGACUCGUCUCGUAUAAAGGUUUAAUUUUAGUCUUAAUAGUACGAGACCUGUCAGUACCCGCCAUGGGAAGUUUGUAUCAGUCAGGAGGUCGGUGUUUCGUUCGGCAGGUCUUCUCCGGCCUGCCCAGCAUGCUGCAGCGACGGUACAGCCUCGACAUUUCAGCGCGGCUUCUGCGGACUGAAGGCUUCAUAGACGGGCGCUGGGUGUCAGCUGCAUCCACGUUCCCUGUGUUAGAUCCAGCCACGGGAGAAGAGGUCGCAAAAGUGUCCGACUGCGGUACGAGAGAAGCCCAGGACGCUGUCAGUGCUGCAUACAAAGCGUUUCACCCGUGGAAGAAUCACACGGCUAAGGAAAGAAGCAUUUUGUUGCGAAAAUGGUUUGACCUGAUCACUCAGCAUAAGGAAGAUCUUGCCAAGCUGAUCACAGCAGAAUGUGGGAAGCCCAUGAAGGAGUCUCUUGGAGAAAUUGCGUACUCGGCCGCCUUUGUAGAGUGGUUUUCUGAGGAGGCAAGACGUGUCUAUGGGGACAUUGUCGCACCACCAGCCAAGGACCGCAAGAUCUUAAUACUCAAACAGCCAGUGGGAGUGGCUACUAUCAUUACUCCUUGGAAUUUCCCCAGUGCCAUGAUAACCAGGAAGGUGGGUGCUGCCUUAGCGGUGGGCUGCACUGUAGUGGUGAAGCCAGCUGAAGACACGCCUCUUUCUGCACUAGCACUUGCUGAGCUUUCAGUUCAGGCUGGUAUUCCUCCAGGGGUGAUUAAUGUGGUUCCUUGCUCAAGAGAAAAGACUCCUGCAGUGGGAGAGGUGCUCUGCACUGACCCUCUGGUGGCCAAAAUCUCAUUCACUGGCUCCACAGCCACUGGCAAGAUACUGCUCAAACAUGCAGCAGGAACUGUCAAAAGGGUGUCCAUGGAGCUGGGAGGUCACGCCCCCUUCAUUGUAUUUGACAGCGCUGAUGUGGACAAAGCUGUGGCAGGGGCCAUGGCCUCCAAAUUCAGGAACUCGGGCCAGACCUGUGUCUGUUCCAACCGCUUUCUGGUUCAGAGUGGGAUCCAUGACUCAUUCGUGGAGAAGCUGGGAAAAGCCAUGGACGUAGAGCUGAGGGUCGGCCACGGUUCGGAGCCCACCACCACGCAGGGACCGCUCAUCAACGUCCGUGCAGCAGAGAAGGUGGAGAGCCAGAUUGCAGAUGCUGUGUCUCAGGGGGCUGCUAUAGUUAGAGGUGGGAAGAGACUGAAGGGUUCCUUUAUGCAGCCCACCCUACUGUCCAAAGUCACCACUGACAUGCUCUGCAUGCGGGAGGAGACCUUUGGACCCCUUGUUCCUGUGGUUAAGUUCAACACAGAACAGGAGGCACUUGACAUCGCCAAUGCUUCACAAGUUGGUUUAGCAGGUUAUUUUUACUCCCGAGACAUCGGGCAGAUCUGGCGAGUGGCUGAGCAGAUGGAAGUGGGCAUGGUCGGGGUCAACGAAGGUAUGAUCUCCAGCCCAGAAGCACCCUUUGGUGGAGUAAAACAGUCCGGACUGGGCAGAGAAGGUUCCAAAUACGGUGUGGAUGAAUAUCUGGAUAUAAAGUACAUAUGUUUUGGAGGACUUGCUUCUUGAAUGCCCCAAUCUACAGAUUUGACCAAUUAAAGCAAGCAUUACAGUCAAGUAUCAAGCCAGACACAAAAUCAUUACUGCGCAAAACACUGAAGCAAACUCUUGUCAAUUAGACGGUAUAUCAUUCCAUAUGGUCCAAUGAGCAGAACCAUCUUGAUAAAGGGAAAUUUACCAUAUAAAGGAAUGGUACAUAUGCCCGCAGCCCUCCUUAAGAUGUCAUAACUCAUAGUUCACUGAUAGAACGCAGGUCCGGAAUAAGAUUAAUUCAGCUAAUUCAUGGCACUGCAGGACAUAAUCUGGGAUUUAUAUAUCAUUAAGGAUGUACCAUUACAUUACUGUGGGGAUCUGGAGAAAAAACAAAGCAGUAAAACUGCAGCUUUUCACCAGAUAGUCAUCUAACGCUGGUUAAGAUGUUUGUGUCCAGCACCAUGCAGAUUAAACCUCUGUUUGUGUAUUUGUAUAGACAAGUGGUGCUGGAUAGUGGAGCCAGGUCUUCUACUAAACAUGUUGAAAUGACAAUACGCACAAUAGGCUUUACUCGUGAAACAUGAAAUUAUACAUUUCUCACCUGUAAAACAGUCCUUGCUUAGAUUGUUGCAAUAUAUGUUUGAAUAUUGUGUGAAACGAUUAGAGAAAUGUUGUGCUUGUGUUUCAUGAAUAAAGCCCAAUGUUAAAAAGGUACUUUAAAAAUAAUAAACAAUACAUGUUAGUCUGAUGCCUGUAAAUGCAUUUCCUAAAAUGUUUUAACUUGACAUGACUGCUCUAUUUUUAUAUUUUAGAAAUGUUGGCUGCUAAUGUUUAAAAAAAACUUGUUUUGAGGUACUGUAGAUGUGUAUGUUGAGUCAUGUCUAGCAAGGUUUAAAGUGUCUUAAGAAACCUAAUUCAUUGUCAAAUGUUGUCCUAAGUGCCAAUGUGGUUUUUUUUAGUGAAAAUCUGUCCUUAGUUUUAAAUAAUGUUGAUAUAUUUUGUUGAAAAUAGUAAUUCUCUAUGAAUAAAAAUAU